GUCCAAUUUAAUUUGCUCGGUCUAUGAUCUUAAACUUGUGUCUUCGAUCAUCAUUUAGUAUCUUAACACCCACCCUUUUUGCUCCUAAUUUCUGGAUUUGUCCAAAUUAGGCGGUAAUCUAAUCGUAUUUUGUGGUGGGCCGACAGGAUUUGCCUUCCACUGCCACGUCAUCAACAACAGUCAAGAGCAUGGAAAAGUUUUUUGACUCUCUCAUACAACCGUUAUUUUCCGCCUCCUUUGCCGCGUCGUCGGCAUUAUCAAUAUGAACUGCAAACUUAAAAAAAAAGUAGAACAAAAGCACUGAAAAGGAAACAUAUGAUCAUAUCUUACAAAACAAACACGCAUAUAUGGAAGAGAUGAACAGCAAAAAUCAAUCCUUGGAAAGAAACAGACAGACAGAGGUGGUAAAGAACAGAAAGACAGACAGACAGGCAGACAGGAAAGCAGUAAGGUAAUGAUGAGUGAUUUGCAAAAUCUCAGAGAAGUUCCCCCAACAAAAAAAAAAUUAAUUUAAGGUCGAGAGAGCAAGCAAAAAGAUAAUACCCUUUCUCCCCCGGACUUCAUUUUCCCCAGCUUUAGGAUCAGGCUUAAGCAGAGGGCCAAAUUCUUCUUUUCCAUUGCUUUUGCUUCCGAAAUCGACCGGUCAAAAAAUGGGUGGCCAUUGCUCCAAGUUAUCCCUCUGCUGUUACCACUCUCGCCAUAACCCUUCCGUCCUCCUCGAGUCCUCCGAUCUCGGUGAUGGGGGCAAAAACGGGGGGAGUCCAUGGCCGAGCUUCAGGGAGUUCAGCUUGGAGCAGUUGAAAUCCGCCACCGGCGGGUUCUCCUCCGACAACAUAGUAUCGGAGCACGGCGAGAAGGCUCCCAAUGUGGUUUACAAAGGGAAACUGGAUGUCGACCGUUGGAUCGCCAUCAAGCGCUUCAAUAGAAUGGCCUGGCCAGAUUCGCGCCAGUUCCUCGAGGAAGCAAAGGCGGUGGGGAAUCUGAGAAGCGAUCGGCUGGUGAAUCUGAUUGGAUGUUGUUGUGAAGGUGAAGAGAGACUGCUCGUCGCUGAGUUUAUGCCCAAUGAAACGCUUUCCAAGCAUCUCUUUCACUGGGAGAGUCAGCCGAUGAAAUGGGCAAUGAGAUUAAGAGUAGCUCUGUAUCUAGCCCAAGCUUUGGAGUACAUCAGCAGCGAAGGAAGGGCUUUGUACCAUGAUCUCAAUGCCUAUAGGGUCCUAUUUGAUAAAGAUGGGAACCCUAGGCUGUCUUGCUUUGGGAUGAUGAAAAACAGCAGAGACGGCAAGAGUUACAGCACUAAUCUCGCAUUCACCCCUCCUGAGUACUUAAGAACUGGCAGAGUGACUCCAGAGAGUGUUGUCUACAGUUUUGGUACACUUGUUUUGGAUAUACUUAGUGGCAAACAUAUUCCACCAAGCCAUGCCCUUGACUUGAUUCGCGGCAAGAACUACCUGAUGCUAAUGGAUUCAGCACUGGAGGAUCAUUUCUCAAAGGACGACGGUACUCAGUUGGUGAGAUUGGCUUCGAGUUGCUUACAGCUUGAAGCUCGAGAGAGGCCAAAUGCCAAGACACUUGUGGCUUCUCUGAUUCCACUUCAGAAAGAAACCGAGGUUCCAUCUUAUGUACUUAUGGGGAUCCCACAUGAAGCAGCAGCAGCAGCAAGUAACCAGCCGCUGUCGCUCACCCCAUUCGGUGAGGCCUGCUUGAGAAUGGAUCAUACUGCUCUACAUGAACUGCUUGAGAAAGUUGGGUACAGGGAUGAUGAAGGAAUAGCCAAUGAGCUAUCUUUCCAGAUGUGGACAAAUCAAAUGCAAGAUACCUUGAGCUCCAAGAAAAACGGAGACAUUGCCUUCCGUGCAAAGGAUUUCCCCACUGCCAUUGACUGCUACACACAGUUCAUCGAUGGAGGGACCAUGAUAUCGCCGACGGUGUAUGCUAGGCGGUGCCUGUCGUACUUGAUGAACGAGAUGGCACAAGAAGGGCUGGGGGAUGCCAUGCAAGCUCAAGUUGUGUCCCCUGAGUGGCACAUUGCAUCUUACCUUCAAGCAGCAUGCCUCUUCAGCCUUGGAAUGGAGAAUGAUGCCCAGGAAGCUUUGAAAGAUGGCACCAAUUUGGAAGCCAAAAGGAACAAAAAGUGAAAUUCUUGACAUUUAGAAGUAAGAAGAAAAGACUGAAUGUACAGACUUGGUUCUUUCCCUUCUGUUUUUGUUUCCGCCUCCUUGCUGCUUAGUUUUUGUGUAACCUAGGCUGGCUCUUGUAUGUAAGUUGCUCUCAUUUCUUGGUUUGUUUCGAGGUUCAUCUUGGCAUUCGAGGAUUGGCCAAUAUUUUUACUGAUUUUCUCUUUAAUGGUUUCCCUUAUGGCGUGAUUCUCAGUGGCACAGGGUCACAGUCUCUGCACAAAUUUCUGGAUGAAGAAUCCACAACUACAGACUCGGCCUCUGUUAUUCCCACAACGUUCUUGGCAACCGAGUUGCAAAUCUCGCAAAUCCUGAGAAAUGAAAUGAAAUGAAAUCACCAAAGAGGCAAAUAAAUUAAAGGAGAAUCAUUAUAUGAAGGGGAAGUGCUAAGAUUCCCAAACAACCCCGCAAAAUAUGGCCGAAAGUAAAAGAUGAAAGGAAAAAGCAGGCAAACAAAUGAUUUCGACAAGAACAUGUCGGUGUGAGUGAGUGUAGUAACAUACGAUGCUAUUCUCGGAAGUGGUAGGAAGAUCGGCAUAUGAAUUUGAACUGAGAUGGGCAUAAUUGGAAAUCGGUUCGGCCAUGUUAAAUAUUGACAAAUUCGAUACGAUAUUCAUUUAUUAUCUUAAAUACUCGUAUUAACUUCUAGCCCUAAUCAUCGCACAUAUGCUCGCAUGCUUAGAGCAAAUCUUCCAUACUAGUACUAAUUGACUGAGAAUUUUUCCCACAACAGGGCAAAACUAAGGAUCAAUUUACCCAGGGGCGGACACACGUUGGGGGUGUCCCGGGACACCCCUUAAAUUUUGGGAAAAUGAUUAUCCAAUUUCGGGUGGUAAAUUUCGUAUAGACAAAAAAUAUAUAUAUAUAUAUAUAAUUGAUAGUCGGGGACACCGCUGAAAUUUGAAAAAAAUAAUUAUCCUACUCUCGUCUUUUAGUUUACUUAUGGGAAUAUAAGUUGUAGUUCGAGUAAUUCAAACCUAUGACACUAUUAUUGUUAAUAAAAAUAAUUUUCUUUAGACUACUAAUCGUUUGUUGUUUGAUUUUAAACACUGUGUAAAUAGUAAAAUCUCAUUCCCUAUCUCUAAUUAUUUUCCAAAACCUAACAAUUAAACAAAUUAUUUUAAACACUCUUGUACGACAAGUGUUGAAUGAGUCUUUUUCAGCUUUAGGUUACACCAAGAACAAGUGUAAAAAUCGAAUAUGUGAUCAAUUCGUGAAUGAUUCUAGUAGGAUAUACAAAGACAAAAAAAAAAUUAGCAGUGUAGACACCAAGUGUAUUUUUCAGUUAUUUUUCAAAUAUGAAAACACAUCGUGAACUUUUUUAACUCGGGUAUUUUCUAUAUAAUAAUUAUUUAUUUUACAG